UAGUCACCUGUUGAAUUCCUACUGACGCGUCACUCCUUCCAUCCUUUAGUAAUACAGCACCAAACACACAUUCAAUUACAAAACACCCUUGACCUGUGAGUGUGUCCAAGUUUCACAGUUGUCUUUUUCAGUCAUUGACAGCUGCAUGAUGCGACACUGGGCUCCCGUUUGGUCAGCCUGAAUUCUUUCUGACUGUAUGAGGGGUCUAUAUUUAGAGGGGCAGACUUAAAUUGCAGUGUUGUGUUGGAGCUCUGUGUUAUUUCAGCCUCUUAUGACUGAAACCGCAAGACAAGAGAAAGUAUAGCAUCCUCUUCGAGUCCUGCAAGAUUUGAGAUGGAACCCAUGAGUUUCAAGGAGGACCUGAGGCUCUUUCAGAGCACCCUGCUCCAGGACGGUUUGAAGGAACUUCUGAAGGAGAACAAGUUAGUGGAUUGUAUUCUGAAGGUUGGAGAUCAGAGUCUGCCCUGCCACAGACUCAUCAUGGCUGCAUGUAGCCCGUAUUUCAGAGAGCUGUACUUUACUGAAGACGGUGUUGAGAAGAAAGACUCCAGCAAGGAAGUAGUACUGGAGAGCGUUGAUCCCAACAUUAUGGACAUGAUUGUGAACUAUCUCUACUCUGCAGACAUCGAAAUCACAGAUGAGAAUGUGCAAGACAUCUUCGCAGUCGCCAAUAGGUUCCAGAUCCCAUCCCUGUUCACCGUUUGCGUCAACUAUCUCCAAAACAAGCUUUCGUUGGGUAACUGCUUGGCCAUCUUCAGAAUGGGACUGGUUUUGGACUGUCCCAGACUCGCUAUAGCUGCUAGGGACUUCAUAGCGGAUCGUUUUGAGACUUUAUCCAAGGAUGAGGACUUUCUUGAGUUCAAUGCUCCCGAGUUGUUCGCUAUCAUCGGGUGUGAUGCCCUGAACGUGGAAAAAGAAGAGGUUGUGUUUGAGCUCUUGAUGAAAUGGGUCGGGAAGAACAAGGAAAUCCGGGUGCGGGGUUUGGUUGGUUUUGAUUUCGUACGCUUCCGACUUCUACCCGAGAAAUACUUCAAGGAGAAAGUGGAAAAGGACGACAUCAUCAAGGCCGACCCCGAGCUCGCCAAGAAGCUGAAGGUCAUCAAAGAGGCGUUUGCUGGAAAACUUCCGCAAGUGGAAGGAGAAGAGGGGGAAAAAGUGUUGCCUGGUUAUCUCAAUAACAGCAAACGAAUGGGGAUGUUCAACAGGGAUCUCAUCCUGAUGAUAAACGACACAGCGGCCGUGGCCUAUGAUGCUCAUGAAAACGAAUGCUUCCUAGCAGCCAUAGCAGAGCAGAUACCUCGAAAUCACGUCAGCAUCACAUCAAAGAAGAACCUUCUCUAUGUUUUGGGAGGACUGUUUGUUGAUGAAGAAAACAAGGAAUCCCCACUGCAGUGCUAUUUCUACCAGCUGGACACUCAUUCUCCAAAUUGGAUAGCCCUGCCACCGAUGCCAUCGCCCAGGUGUCUGUUCACUAUGGGGGAGUUUGAAAACCUCUUGUUUGCAGUUGCUGGUAAAGACCUGCAGACCAACGAGUCUCUGGACUCAGUGCUGUGUUAUGAUGUCGAUAAGAUGAAGUGGCAGGAGACCAAAAAACUGCCCUUGAGAAUUCACGGUCACAGUGCAAUCUCACAAAAUGGACUAGUUUACUGCAUAGGAGGAAAGACGGAUGAGAAUAAAACCAUCGACAAGAUGUUUGCGUACAACCACAAGAAGUCUGAAUGGAAAGAGCUGGCAGCCAUGAAAACACCCAGGUCAAUGUUUGGAGCCGUCCUCCACAAAGGAAAGAUCAUUGUGGUUGGAGGGGUCAAUGAAGAUGGCCUUUUAGACUCUUGUGAAGCCUAUGACUUUGGAACAAACAAAUGGGAGCCGUUUGCUGAAUUUGUGCAGGAGCGAAGUUCUGUGAAUUUGGUCAGUGCUGCUGGUGUCUUGUAUGCGGUGGGUGGCUUCGCCAUGCAGGAGAACGAGGACAAACAGUGUGUGCCAUCAGAAAUCACAGACAUCUGGCAGUAUGAGGAGGACAAGAAACAGUGGACUGGAAUGAUACAAGAGAUGCGAUAUGCUGCUGGCGCCUCCUGCGUUUCUAUGAGACUAAAUGCAGCAAAGAUGCCUAAACUUUAAAACAUCAUCAUCACUUACAGUUUGUGCCCAAUAACAAAGUGUAACUAUAUUUUGAAGCAGCAUAAUCCGCUUAAAACAUUUAAAGUCAAUAUGAAAUCACAUUCACUAUAAUGCACAUUCCCAGUCUUUUAAUCAAAAUUCAACUUUCUCCACCUCUAAAACAAACUUUCUUUUGAUGCUGACAUUACAAAUCACUCAUCCCUCUUCUUUACAGACGUAAAUUUCGUAAAGAAAUCUGUUUCAUGUUGACUUUAAGAGUAAAAAUGACCACAGAUGUAUAUUUCAUGUUGGGUU